UAUUAGCGCAGACUUGGUGCGUGUGAACGCUUGAAGACGACAUGGCCGUUUGUGACAGGAGGCUACUGAGGAUUAAAUGAAAACGAAACAGUCCGAAUCGGUGUAGAUUGUCGCUCCGAUUAUUGUUUUUGAUAAUAAUUCGUUUCUUGCUCACGGAAGCGAGCGGUGUAAAAACAAAGUAGUAAUAAGGAGCUUUGGACUUUGUUUUAUCUAGUCGGCUAACGAGUGAGCUAUGUAUGCCUGUUCAUACGUAAACAUCCGGUCACUGUUCCGCGCGUGCAUGUGUCGUAUACAGCAGCUUGUUUUACACUUUAAAUCUCUUCCAGCUCCAGAUUAAUGAACAGUUAAUAUUCUCUAAAUUACGAUAUUUUCUAAGUAACUAAGACUACGCUUGAUGGACUACGACCAUGAUGUCGUUUUCUGAAGUUUGCUAGUCAGCUCUGGGUUUGUUUCUGCACGUGACCACGGAUCUGACCAUUAUGUUCUCACAGUGGAGAUAAAAAAAAAAUGUCCAGUCGGACAACCAGGAUUUAUUUGCAGCUGAUUUAAAUCGAGAGAAGUUUGAGGAACUGUCUGUUGCAGAUAUCGCUGAAGAGGUCAUAACAUGGGUUUGCUUCACUUUGUCUUCAGCGCUCUUGGGAAGUGCAUUGACCUCGUGUGUCUGCUCCUGGACAUCAAUUUCAUGAUUGUUAACUCACUAGUUCGGUUGUUUGCAGCGCUCCUCCAUUUGAUCAGCAGCUUCCCCAUGCUGCUCACUAAUUCAUUGUUGGAGUGUGUGGAUCUUUCUCUCUUCUACCUGAUCACCGUGAUGGACAGCAUGACACUUUUGACCCACAAUGUGAUCGGAGGCUGGAUGCAGCUGCUUGGUGGAGUGCUCGAAAGCUGCAAAAUGAUGGGCUACCUGUCCACACAUUUACUGCUGCGCACCAAAGAGCUCCUGCACCGUGGGCUGCUCUCGGGACAAGGCUUUCUGCGCCAGAUCUGUGAGGGCUGCGGCAUCGCCUUUAGCCUUUUGCUUUACUUUAUCAAUACGGUCAUCAAUCUUCUGCUGAUAGGGACGCAGAACCUCUACGCCGUGCUGCUCAGCAUGGUCGAAGCUAUAGCCAGCCCUUUACAGAAAGCUCUUGAGCUGGCAUUGACUGUCCUCACCUUCUUCUAUAGCACCCUGGUGGGCACCUCGCUGCUUCUCUGGACGCCGUGCAGACUAGCCGUGGAGUUUCUGAGCUCUCUAGGGCACCUCUUGAUCAGCGUCUUCUUGCUGAACUCCUAUGGGCUGUUUCUGACUGUAGCUAUAAUCCUAAGUGCCACGGUCUACCUGAAUCCUGCUCUGUGUCGGAGUGGAGCUCGGCGAAUAAUCGACUAUGUUAACACGGCGCCCACAAUGCAGCGGCUCCAGAGGACGCGACAGCGGUUGUACUUGCUGGAAAGACACUUGUGGCAGGGCGUAGCCUGGGUGCGCAGUCGUCUUGGUCUUUGGAUGACGUUCGCGGGAAGGGGGACUCUCAGAGCCGGAGACGGGACGGUUCAGCAACUCCAGACUGACCAAGACCCUCCUGAGAUGCCCGAGAGAGCAGAAAUGAUGGAUGCCGAUGCUGCGGACGAGCUCCCGGCACCACCGCCGGCUCCUGAACCCCUGGACCAGCCGCACCCCGGUUGCAGCUCUCUCAGCCCGCUCCGGAAAAAGGCGUCCGAGGACAAGCGCAAAGCUGCCCCUGCUGACAACCUGCUCACCCUCCUGCAGGAGCAGGAGGAGAGGAAAAAGUGCGUCAUAUGCCAGGACAGCACCAAGACCGUUGUGCUCCUGCCCUGCCGCCACUUGUGCUUAUGCAGAGACUGUACCGACAUCUUGCUGCGCCAACCCAUCUACCAGCACAACUGCCCGCUGUGUCGCCACAUGAUCCUCCAGACCAUGGACGUAUAUCUCUGAAGGACCGUUUACUGACCAUGGUGAUGAAUCUCAGGUUAACAAAGCACGGCCGUUUUCUCAUCGUGAGCCACGUUAAGUCAGUGAGGCUUGUGCACGUUCUGUUGUCCAUUCCACUGUGCUGAAUCUUUUGCUACUGUCGAGUGUAAAUACACGUGAACAUUCCCUUUUAUACCCAUACACGUGACGAGGCUCGCAACAAUGACACAAAUGUUUUGUAUGUUUUUUUUGUUUUUUUUUUCUCUCCACAAUUUCGCUUUUGUAUUGAUGCACACUAAUGUUUUUAUACUGAAGUGUGGAAUACAUGAUUGUAACUUUUACCUGGAGAAAGAAAUGCACAGAUUUGAUUAUUUUAUUCAAUCCAGUGGCCUAAGUGUGAGCUGUUAUUAGGCACAUGUUUGUGAUUCAGUACUCUAGCCUUAUAAUGUGAACAGCUCCUUUUUGCCUGACUCGCAUUACAAACGACUUUCUGCAAAUUUCAUUUGUCGAAAACGGAUCAUCGAUCUGCUCUGAGUGCUGUCGCCGAGUGCGUUUAUUGUUUUACUAUUUCUGGAAGCCAUUUUUAAGGAUUAAAAAUAGUUGAUAUCCAAGCUGUUUUCUUAAUCCAGUUUAGACAGUUUCGAUUUAGAGUGUCGAUUCUGUGUGCUUGGAUAAACGCUAUUGAUUUGUGCAACAUGAAAUCCAGACAUCACACCAAAUCAUUCAUGUUAUUUUAUUAUUUAAUGAGAUGCUAUUAAUGUCAUAUUGAAAGAAAACGCAUUCCUGACAGAGUUAAGCAAAUAUUUUGACAAGAGUGAUCUUGAACAUGAACCAAAUUAUGAGCAAAAACAAUCUGCAUGUUUACUAAAAAUCUGUAUCAGACCGCAAUCAGAGAAAUAUCACAAGCUUUAACGCUAAUCCUGUGUGUUUACACAAACUACAGUAUUAUUGCUGUGUCCAUUCACUGCUUUCUGUUGUUUUGUAACCAGAGGGACAACCAAAUACAGCAAGGAUCAAGUGUGGUCAUUUAUUUAAAAUCCAGUUCAGGUUGAUUUAUUCAGAUUUUUUUCCAUUAGAAGUGUGUAAAUGAUUGUGAUGAAGACCGCAGACUUUAUCUAAUAAGAUGCUUAAUAAAGUGACAAGUUACACUGUGUUCAACCUGGGUAUUACUUACUCUUUAAAAAGUAAUGGGAUCAGAGCGAUGUGAAAUCCUGCGCUAACAAAAGCAGCUGAGUUUGUUUGAGCAGAUGAGUCUGGUCAGUCUGACUGGAGGUCACUUACUGAUCUGCUGAUAGAGAUGAGCUUUAUUGCUUCAUUUCACAGGCCUGUUGUACUGUUAUGAUG